AUGCUGACGAGAUGGCGCCUCGCGCGGAAGACGAUCGCGCCCAGCAGCUGCAGCACGCUCGCGAGCACGUCGAGCAACGUCACCAGGGGUGCUGGAAAGGAGAGCGGAGUUGGCGCCACAGGCGCUGUCCAACGUCGCGUGGGCCCUCGCGACCACGGCCUGCGACGGCCACCGCGGGGCGGUGGGCCUGUUGGCGGAGGCCGCGCGCAUGCGGCUGCGCGAGAUGCGACCGCAGGCUCUGUCCAACCUGCUCCUGGCGGUGGCCAGGUGCGCGUGCGGCAGCAGGGGGCUGCUCCUCGGCGCCGCGCGCUCCGCACGGACCAGGCUGGGCGAGUUCUCGGAGCAG